CCAACUCAAAAUGUUCAAACUUAUCCUCAUCUCCACCCUGGCCGCGGCCGUUUGCGCCAUCGGAAAUCCAGAAUCGACCGCCCAAAUCCUGUCGUACAGCAACGUCCUCCAGGACGAUGGCCACUACAACUGGGCGUACGAAACGAGCAACGGAAUCGCUGCCCACGAGGAGGGCCUCGGAGCGCACCAAGCCAACGGAGCUUACUCGUACACCGGUCCCGAUGGUGUUCGGUACCAGGUGGUUUACGUGGCCGAUGAGAACGGAUUCCGUCCGGAGGGUGCCCAUCUGCCAACCCCACCUCCGACCCCGGAGCACGUGAUCAAGUCGCUGGAGCAGAUUCGGGCGAACCCACCGAAGGACCAGAAGGACUUUAGCUUGGAGGCGUUGGAUGCCACGCUGGCACGACUGAGACUGCACUAGGAGAACUUUGUGUUCGUUGUUGUUGUUUUUUCUGUUAAGUAGCAUCAAUUGUGUUAAAAUUAAUAAA